UGGUAAGAUGCGGUGGUAAUUAUUUAAAGCCGCAUUUUUAUUUUUAAUUUCCUUUAUAAGAGGAAAGUGUUGAAGCCGUCACUACGAUACGAGGGCAAAUGGAUUAUUCAAGCGGGUUCGCCUUGUGACAGAAUUUUUAUCGCACUAAAAGCUUAAUAUUACUGGAAUUAUUUACGAUGAACUUGCAUCAUAAUGCUGAAAUGGACGGAUCUAAAUAAAAUUGGUUAAAGUAGUAGUGAGAAUAAGUGAAAAAGAGUAAAUCAUUUGCCGAUGUGGAUUAAAGUUACAAAGAAUGUAAGAUCCCAUCAACAGAGCACACAAAUAACGAGAAACGAACCUGACACCGUCCAAAUAAGAACAAUUUUACCGUGAUUUUUCAGACUCUUGUAUGACAUGUUUAACCAUUUUUUCACCGACUGCAACUGUUACUACGUGGCACGUAGAUAGGAAGAGUCCGGUAGAAAAUUAGAAUGUGAUAGAUGAGUAAAACUGAAUUAUUCUUCAGGCAAAUAGUACCUACUUGGUAUCAAUUUUAGAAGAAAUAAAAAACUGCUAUGGCGGGAUAAGAUUGAGUCAUAGUGAUUAUAAAUUUCUUCAGAAAUUCAACACACGGCUCGGCUAAAUAAAUAUUUCUCCCUUCAGGAAGAGACAACAAAAUGUUGUUCGUACACGUUACUUUGAUUCUACUAGCAUCAGGGCUGGUUAAUGGACAGUAUUUCGGCUCGAACGACGGGACCAGUGCAAAUCAAGUCAUUCAUUUCCCUUCCAUUGACCAGAGCCGCAGACCUGGGCAAUGUGACGGGGUCGUUUACAUGAAGAUGACCCCUCACCAGAGGAUGUACGUGCAGUACGAACAGUUCGCUACGAACGUUUCCCAGCUGAAUGAGAUCUCAACUUGCUUCUGGAUGAUGGUUGACAAUCCUCUUAGGCCUGCGACCAUGCUCAACUAUGCCUUGGACGAAGAGGUCAACACCGACAACAUUACGUUGCAGUAUCGCGGGUCAGAGUCUCUUUGGACCCUGGACAUUAACGGUCAAAAUGUGUACAGAAGUAAAGCUCGUCGUCUCCAGGCUCGUAUGUGGUCACAUUUCUGCCACUCCUGGAGUGGAGAAACGGGCGAGUGGUCGGUAUGGCAGAGUGGUCAGCUCGUCGAGUCUGGCAUUAAUCAACAAAGCCGCGGAUGGAAAAUACCGGCCGGCGGGGUGCUGGUAACAGGCCAGCACCAAAAUACCAUCGUGAACAACAUGGGCAUGGACAACGGCGAAGGCUUGGAGGGCAGUGUUACUCUUAUGAGCGUCUCAGACAAACAUCUCUCCACUGACCCCACUUCGAGACGGUACGUGGAUCAAGUUUCAAAAGAUUGCUCGCCGCGCGCUCGUGGAGAGAUCGCCGACUGGCUGAACACUCCCAGGCUGGGGUACGGCGGAGUGAGGUCCUCUCGCGCACAGCCAGUCUGUGGCAACUUCUGAGUCGCUUAUGACGCAUAUACCUUGCCGUGACGCUUUUAAAUCAAUAACGGAAACUUUUGAGCUCAUAAUGAAAAGCGUCUUGAAAUUUUCAUUGAAUUUCUGAGAAUAUGUACUCCACAGUAGUAAAACAAGCGUACGUCAGAUAGGAAGUUUGGUAAGUCAAUUCCAUUAAUGGUCGUGAGAUGUUCUCAAAAAGAGAAAUGAAUUACAACUACAUUGCAUUUUGUCCUUACCAAAUUGUGUUCGGACCGGUGUUGCUGAACUGAUAAUCAAGAUGGUCUCAAAAAACGUUAAAAUUAAAUUGUAUUUACAUUUUAUUUGCUACUGAAUUCUGUAAUAGUUUUAAUUAGUGCGAAGUUUACACAUUAAGACGCAUGUGCUAAGCUAAGAUUGAGUUUUUCACUCAGAUUCAUUUUGUUUUGCAGUGCAAUUUUAGCGUCUCAAUUUAGGAUUUAGCCAAAUACAAUUUUUCGUCAUACCAUAAAACUUUUCAACAGCAUUUUUGAAGCAUGGAGUGCACUUUUAAAGCGCCUGUAUGAUCGUGUUAUUUUGGGUAUGGAGUAAAUACCAUCCUUUUUCAAAUCACCGAGCACAAAAUUUGCACACAGGACGAAACAGUAAAAAAAACUUUCAAUACAAAAACAAAUUGAAGACAAAUAAAAAGUCGAGUUAUAGGCAAUAGCUCGCAAUUUAAAAGAAUCCAUACUCAAAAAAGUAUUAAAAAAAUGAAAUUUUGGAGAAACUUGAAGAAAGUAAACACAAAAUCUGAAAUACCAUCUCUGAAUCCAACAGGACUCAAGUUAUAAUAGGAAAACUAUAGCAAAACGAUUGUUGAAUCUUCAGAAACUGGGGCCUCUGACCUAUUUGUAAUGCUAAUUUACGAUAGGAAAUGAAAACUCAACAGCCAACAAUAUUAUUGCUAAAACACAUUAAAUGCACUCCACAUGACUGGUAUGAAUAUAGAAAUAUAUCAAUAUACACACGCUAAUAAGAAACUCUAUAUGUAUCAAGAAAAGAGUUUUUUAGACUCCAAUAACAAAUACAAACACAGCUUUUUGAGUAAAUAUUCACACAUGCGAACAAUCUAAGAAUAAUAGAAUCUAGAUGGCUAAUCCUUUCCUGCUUUUGUCAAUGCCUUCAAAAUUACUUUGAUGUUAAUACAUGUUAUAUCAAAGUUAACAUAUAUCGAUCAAAGAACAAGAAUUUUGUUAAUGCCAUUAAGUGGAAUGCUAUGAAAUAAUACAUUUUUGACAUGCAAGCGUAACGACCCAAGAUUGGCACUUGAAGUGAAGCUUCCAACGUGGAGUAGAAAACGGCUUAUACAAUAUAAAAAAAUUUUAAACAAAUAAAGAAUUUACUUAACCACAAUUUUUUGGUAUACAAAUUGUACUCAAUAAAAUUACUUGCCUCA